UGAUGAACAAUGCAUUCGCACUUUUUGUGAUCAAAGUUUUGUUUACAACUGAUAAAUAGUAAACAUGUCCUUAAAUUCUAGUUUAAUUUCCUUUCAAAUAAAUCAGUACUAAAAUAAGUUCUUCUUAUUCAUUUGUACUUUUAUUAAUUUGUGUUUUGAUUUAUUACUCUUUGUAUACAUUAUAAUUUCUCUUUAUUUUAUAUCAGCCACACGUUACAAUUUAUAAUUAUAAAAAUGUCUAAAACAGCUCGUCGCGUGAAAGGAUUUAGAAAAAUAAUUCAAAAAGUAAUUCAUCCUCCUCAUUUAAGAACAUAUAUACCUGCAGGUAAAGCUAUGCCUGGACCACCUUUGGGCCCUCAUCUUGGGCAGCGUAAUAUAAAUGUUGCUCUAUUUUGUAAAGAAUUCAAUGAAAAAACUAAAGAUAUUAAAGAGGGCAUCCCUAUUCCAACUACAAUUACAGUCAAGCCUGACCGCACAUUUGAUAUAUCUUUUGAAAGUCCUCCUAUCAGUUACUUUGUAAAACAAGCAGCUGGCAUUGAAAAAGGCUCUAUGCAACCAGGUCCCAAAGAUUUGUCUGGUAAAAUAACAUUCAAACAUGUUUAUGAAAUUGCAAAAAUUAAAAGUCAAGAUCCUCAGUUUGAGUGUGUUCCUCUUAGAGAAGUUUGUCAGAAAGUGAUUGAUGAAGCAAGAACAUGUGGUGUUGAAACAGUGCGUUCCUUGACAGUUGAAGAAUAUACCAAAUUUAUAGAAGAUAGGAAAUUAGUUUUGGAAGAACAAGCAACAGAAUUAGAUGAGAAACGUAAAGCUAAAAUCCUUAGACAAGCUAAAGCCGUAUGAACAAUGUUGAAAAGUUUUGAAAUUGUGCUACGUAGUUAUUUUUUGUUGUUAUAAACAAAAUAAAAUAUUUUUUUUUGUUUCUGAA